AUGGACCAGCCGCGGUCGAGGAUGGCGGAGGACCUGGCGGCGCAGCGGGCGGCGUGCGACCGGCGGAUGGCCGCCGGCCGAGACCGCUUCGCCUCCGCCUCGGCGGCCGUCCGCGCCGCCGCCGCCUCCGCCCGCUCCGCCGCCCACCAGUCCGUCUCCCGCCGAGAGGACCUCGACGGGCUCAAGAAGCGGCUGCGGGACCUGGGAGCUGACCUAGGGCAAGCCCUGUCCCUUAAGCUCACCAUGGAGUCGAAAUGCGAGCGACUCAGGGAGUCGAUUUCGGCCUCGGCUGCUACAAGCGAGCAGCUAGGCGACCUGGUCACCGGUCAGAGGAGCAGGAGCGAGCGGCAUGCCGCGGUCAUAUCGGAUGUGCUCGAGGCUGCUGAGGCUUUUGAAGCAAAGAAUGAUGAAGACGUUACACUGAUGAAAGACAUGGAAAAGGCUAUCUGCUGGUAUCAAAAGCGCCUUGGCUUCCAGGCCGUUGUCGAAGGGGAAGGCGUGAAAUUCAUAUUCGACAAGGUUGACUCGCAAAGUCCUGAGAAGGAGUUUUCAUUUUCCCUAAAGUUUGACAAAGAUAGAUGUACCUUACUUCGAUGUAGUCCACCCGUGGAAGAUUCUGAGGAACUGGUGAAGGAUUUGAACCUCACUAACGAUCUAGUCAAGUUUGUAAGAAUAAUCCGACAGAGGUUCCAGGCUGCUGCUUUGAAUGGGGAUCUUCCUGUAAGCCCAACAGUUUGUUCAGAUGCUUCCGCUAUACCCAUCUCAUCUCCGGUGACAAAGUCAGUUGACUCCACAAGCAAAAAUGAUAGAGAUAAAAGUAAUUCUCAAAGUAAGAACAGGAAGCCGGCUCUUCCCGCUAAGAGAAAAGCUUCCGCCCUAUUGGCAGCAUCUCCUGGUUCUGUGCGUCGCUCCCCGCGUUUUGUGCAGGGGGGAACGGGUGAGUCGCCAGCCGAUGCGUACCCUGACCUGGCCAAACUAAUCCUUAACCGAUGA